CGCGAGGCCGAGGCUGCCAAACAGCGCGACCCCAACAUGCCCAAGAAGCCCAUGACAUCGUACUUGCUUUUCAGCAACGAAAUGCGCCAGAAGAUCAGGGAAGAAAACCCGAAUGCAUCAUCGCAGGAAACGGUUGUUAAACUCGGCGAGGAGUGGUCGAAGCUUUCCAGCGAAGAACGCGAGAAGUACACGAACAAGUCUCAGGAGCUGAGGAAGUUGUACGCCGCUAAGAUGGUCGACUAC